GCUUUGUCAGCGAUUUGUAUGGUACAUAUAUUGUGUUAUGCGUAAGUUAAAUAUAUUUGAGAGUUACAGAUUGUGACCAACAUUUUAUUUAUUCUAGUUGGAAGUUAUAAUGUUAAUAACAGCAAGGAGAACAGCUUUGAGGGUUUGAUGAAUACACGAAGAUAUGUCGGACCAUUUAUCAGGAGAAAUUUUACUUCAAAAGUCGAGCGAGUCAACAUCAUCUGAAGAAUGUCUGAAAUACAUUGUCUCCGCUUUAAGAACAUUGGAGAACUACUUUCAAAGAAAUACAUCCACGAGUUGUUCGUCAGAGGACGUUUGUAUCAUGAAAAUAAUUUUUAAAAGUUUAAAAAGUCUAUCAAAUCGCGAAUUAAUUGUGGAAUUGCUCAAUCUUUUUAGAGAAAACCAUUCGGUUGACUAUCUGAUAAGAUUGUUGAGCGCACUAGGUAGUGACGUAACUACGGAAGAUAGCGAAGUCGUCAUCACAAGUGUGGUAGAAAUACUGGAACAACUACAGGCAUGUAUGCCAAGUUCUUCAUUACAGUUACAAGGGUUAAUCUGCGUGCUGGAAAAUACAAUCGAGAAGACAAAAGCUUGCAAGACACUGAAAAGGAAAGUAUGUACAGUUAAAGAGGCUAUAAGCAGAGCUAUUGAAAUCCAAAAGAAGAAAGUCAUAGCAAAAGAAAAUGUCGACAGACGACAACCACCAGGAGAUUUCAGAAAAAUUCCAAUUUUUCCCAGAAGAGAAGACAUUUUUCCUCAACAGAAACCGUUCUUACGAAAAGUCAUCAGAGACGGCCAAUAUGAUGAUAUGGAGCACUAUUUAGACGUUCAGUUUAGACUAUUUAGAGAAGACUGUAUAUCACAGCUUAGAGACGGAAUACAGGAGUAUAGACAAGAAUAUGAUGCUGGAAACGGAAACCGUUACAUUCGCCGUCUAGAAAAUGCUCGGAUUUACAGUGAUGUUAGAAUUCUAUAUAGAGAAACAUCUUUGGACGGUAUUUUACACAUUCUGCAACUAGAUAAUGAAACUUUUGAAAACAUCGACUGGGACAAUACUAAAAGACUAAUCCACGGCUCACUGGUUUGUCUGUCAUGUGAUCAUUUUGAUACCUUUGCAUUGGCAACUAUUAUGGCUGCAGAUACGAAAGACUUAAGUGCCAGAGGAAUAUUCAAAGUUCAGAUAAUUCAGGAAAGCAAUGAAUUAAAGGGGGAUAUUCUGGGUUGCCUUUUUCAAAUGAUUGAAAGUACAGCUCUUUUUGAAGCCUACAGACAUGGACUAGAAAAACUUAAAACCAUUAAGCCCGGUCAAUUGGUCUUUGAGAAAUAUAUAGUAAAUUGCGAGACUGAUAUUGGAGGAGUGGGCUACAUGGAAAAAGAUGUUAUGUACGAUUUCUCUUCAGUUAUCAACAAGUCUUCCGUAAAAAUUGACAGCGCAUACCGAAAUUAUCACGGAGGUAAACGAAUGUCGGAUCCUUACAGUUGGCCAUCUGCUGAGGAGCUUCAGAUGAAUCCCUCUCAAUAUGAAGCAUUUAAAUCUUCCUUGACAAAGGAGUUCUGUAUCAUCCAGGGACCCCCUGGUACCGGAAAAUCUUAUCUUGGUCUGCAGAUUGUCAAAUCUCUCUUGGCAAAUACAACGUGCUGGUCGAGAGGUAGAAUUAGUCCAAUAAUUUUGGUUUGUUUUACAAACCACGCAUUGGAUCAAUUUUUAGAGAAUAUAUUAGGCUCUAUCGACAAAACUUCUUGGGAUAGAAUUGUGCGAGUUGGUGGAAGAUGCAAAAACAAAUUAAGUGAAGAAAUUUCGCUCCGCAAGAAAAGCAAGAGGACAUUUAAGAAGAACAGAUUAAGAAAUCUGCAUGGACUACAGUCCAUAAUUUCUGAAUAUACUUAUAUGGAACGGCGGUUACCGUUUACCAUUAUUGAUCACAACACCUUUAGUAUCUUUAUUGAUUUGCCGAUUGGGCAAUUUUCGCAAAAGGAAGACAAAUCGAUGUUAAGAUGGUUGAAUGCUGAUAAGAGGGGUAUUUUAGACUCAGCAUGUAGCAGAAACUUCAGUGAAGGCAAUAUUGAAAUUUCUCAUUAUCUUCGACUGGAAAAGAAUUUACAAAAGAAUAUUUACGAAAUUGGUUUUUACGAUUCAACAUCAAGUGAUGAGGAGAGUGAUUAUCUGGACUUAAGAAUUCAAGAAUCCCCCUUAAUUAAGUUUGCGAUAAAUAUUCUCGAUACUUGGCGUAGUUUUUCAGCAGACAAAUUUGUUAAAAAAGACAGAGAAUUCCAUGAAACAAUAAAGCGUGUCAUUGAAUCCAUACUUAGUAAUAUGAAUUCGGGUGAUGUUAUUUCCGUUGACGAGGCUGUAGUUUUUGAGAAACAAAACAUUUGGGAAUUACCCAUUUCUAUCAGAUGGAAGUUAUACAGAUAUUGGAAAAAUCAAUUUCAUCAAAGAAUGUUGAUCAGAAUUGAAAGAUAUGAAGCAUGUAAGGAUGACAUCAUCGAAGGUUAUAAACAGGAAAAAUUUCAAAAUGAAUAUAGUGUUCUCAGGAAGGCCUCUCUUAUUGCUAUGACCACAACUGGAGCUGCUAAAUACCAUAGGAUGUUAGAAUUACUCCAGUCUCGCAUUACUAUUAUUGAUGAAGCUGCAGAAGUUCUGGAGGCCCAUAUUUUGGCAUCACUUACGUCAUCAUGUCAGCACUUAAUACUUAUUGGUGAUCACAAACAGCUUGAACCAAAGCCAGCAGUUUAUGAACUUGCUCAAAAAUAUCACAUGUCUCUAUCGUUCUUUGAGAGAAUGAUUCGAAAUGGGGUACCAUAUCAUUGCUUAUUAAAGCAACAUAGAAUGAGACCAGAUAUUUCUUUAUUAGUAAAGGAAAUUUAUCCAGGUCUACACGAUGGUGAAAAUGUAAAAGAAUAUGAACGUAUCAGUGGAAUCGGAAAAGACGUUUUCUUUUUGAGGCAUACCUUCAAAGAAAACUAUCAAGACGAGGGACGAAGCUACGAAAAUGAACAUGAAGCUGAAUUUACCACAAGACUCUGCAAGUAUUUACUUUAUCAAGGUUACAAGUCAUCUCAAAUAACCGUAUUGACGCCCUAUUCUGGACAGUUGCGAUGCCUGUCUAAAUUUGUAGACAGUCAAAUCAAGGACAUUCGGAUCUGCAUUGUCGAUAACUACCAAGGCGAGGAAAAUGACAUUAUUUUGUUGUCAUUGGUUAGGAGCAAUCAACUGAGUAAAUUGGGAUUUUUGGACAAGGAAAAUAGAGUUUGCGUUGCUUUGUCAAGGGCAAGAAAGGGACUUUUUGUCAUUGGAAAUUUUGACAUGAUGAGUUCAAAAGCUAAGAAAACAAAACUUUGGAAAAUUGUGGUAGCUAAUCUUAAGGUUCAAGGAUGUUUUGGAACAGAACUUCCACUUUUUUGUCAGAACCACCCAGAGCGAAGAAUUCAAGCUAAAAAUGCAUCUGAUUUUGAUAAUUGCCCAGAGGGAGGAUGUGAAAUCAAAUGUGAUGCUAGACUACCAUGUGGUCACGCUUGCAGAAGAUACUGUCAUCCUGAUGAUCAAAACCAUGAGUUAAGCGAUUGUUAUGUACAGUGUCUUAGUACUUGUUCCGCAGGACACGCAUGUUCCCAACUUUGCCAUUAUCCAAACCCAUGUGAAUGUAAAGAAUUGGUAUAUAAAGAAUUCGAAUGUGGGCAUGAGAACAAAAUUGAGUGUUAUCUGGAACCAAACGAAACACAAUGUGAAAAGAUCGUUUCAAAAUAUUUCACUAAUUGUGAACAUAGUAUAGAAAUUCCUUGCCAUGAAACACUAGACAACUACAAUUGUGAAGAAAUAGUUAAACGCGAGUUGAUUUGUGGACAUACCGCAUCAGUUCAGUGUCAUCUCGGUCUUUCAAGAUCUAACUGUGUAGAACUUACAGAAAAAACAUGGCCAUGUGGUCACUCUUCAAUCGUAAAAUGUGCAUAUUUUAAUGAUGCAGAAUGCACCAAUAACGUUCUUCGAAUGUUAAAAUGUGGACAUGAAAAUUGGAUGGAAUGUUGUGUAAACCCAGAGUAUUUUGUAUGUAAGCAAAUGGUUGAAAAAGUCUAUCAGAAAUGUGGCCAUAAGAAAAUAGUUCCUUGUCAUAUAGACAUUGAGAGAAAAACUUGUACAGAGAUUGUAACUCUCAAAAGAAAAUGUGGACAUGAAUACAUAUCGAAUUGCUAUAAUAUCGAAACUGAUAGGAAGAAAAAAUGUGAAACGGUUUGUGGGCAACUAUGUGAAAGGGAUCACAAAUGCAAGAGACUUUGUCAUUUUCCAGAGGACUGUGCAUGCAAACAAGCAGUACAAAAAUACAUUACAAAAUGUGGCCAUUUUGCUACAAUGGAUUGCAUCCAAGAUCCAGAUUAUGUUAAUUGCACUGAAUUGAUUAUGAAAGAGUUACCUGAAUGUAGGCACAAAGUAAAAGUAGAGUGUUCCAAAUGCAUUGAAAACUUUAAAUGUAAUGAAAAAGUUGGAAAAGUUAGGGAAUCUUGUGGUCAUCAUAUCAUUACAGAAUGUUACAAAGACCCAGAAAUCGUUUCGUGUAACGUGCUAACAUCCAAAAGGUUAAAUUGUGGACAUGAUUGUGAUGUAAAGUGUGGUGAAAAAAAUUUGGGGAUCCAAUGUAUGAAAAAAGUGAGAAAGUUCCUUUCCUGUGAACAUGCAAACGAGAUAUUUUGCUAUCAAAAAGAUCUCGAAAACCUUGGUUGUUCGGAAAAAUUAGAUUAUGUUUUAAAGUGUGGACACUUUUAUCCACUUUCAUGUAGUGAGUACCAGAUGGGUGAGAUGCUUGAAAACAUUGAGUGUAUCGAAACAGUUCAAACAAAAUUAUCUUGUGGGCAUAUCUGUUCUCAUCCUUGUGGGUUGUCCCAAGAGGAAAUAAAUUGUGAAUCAAGGUGUAAUGCUACCUUAACUUGUGGACAUCCAUGUGUGGGCUAUUGUCAGGAUUGUCGGGGACGCGAGUUUCAUGAGAGAUGUCCUGAGUGUUGUAGUAAGCAAUUACUCUGUAGCCACAGUUGUAAGAGUGAGCUAUGUGAAAGUUGUGGGAUCUGUAACAAGGAGUGCGAAAAUUACUGUGACCAUGCUGGUUGUGGGAAACGUUGUUUUGAAAUCUGUGACAUGUGCAUAUUGCCAUGCAGCUGGAAUUGUCCUCAUCACCAGUGUUCACUGCUUUGUCACGAAAUCUGUGAUCGACCUCGCUGUUCUUUGCCAUGUCCAAAGAAGUUAAAGUGCAAGCACAACUGCUUAGGAUUCUGCGGUGACCCAUGCCCACCUUAUUGUUCUCAGUGUGAUUUACAAAAAUCAGAAUUACCCAAUCUAAAUGUAAAAUCGCACCUGGUCUACCUACCAGAUUGCGGACACUUCUUUGAAUCCGAAUUUCUCGAUAAUCAUAUUAUACAAAUGAAACCAAAUGACUCUCUCAUAUGUCUCUCCUGUCCCACAUGCGGCAGACAAAUCAAAUGGCACCCGAGAUACAAUAAGAUCAUAAAGCUGCAAAGAAAGAGAAUUAACCUGGCAAAGGCAAUCACGGUAUAUAUGACAGAAGUCAAAUCGUGCGAGUUCCUUCCGCUCUUUUCUCCAAGCUUUUUGAAAUGCCAAGAAUUUGUUGAAGACUGCAGACAAAAUUUAGAUUCAAUAUUAGGAAAUCUUCAUGAAAAGAAAUUGACAGCAUUUGUUGAUAAAACUUUAGAUCAGAUUGACACUAUUAGGAAUGCAGCCAGACCAUCGUUUGAUCAAUACAAAUCAGUUUAUGAUGCAACGUACAGAAUAUCUCAGGAAUGGCAGAAUAUGAUAACAGAAAAAGACGAGUCAUUUCCUCAGAGUCUUCAGGAGUCAACUGAUAAUUAUAGAGACGAACCUCAGCAGCUCGGUGGUAAGGUUGAUAUCUGUGAAGAUGUCGGGAUAUUGAUGAGAAGAACAGUUUCUUUACCGUCUGUAAUACUUAUGGCCGAUCCACAUGCUAAAAACUGGAAAAUCUGCAAAGAAGGGCACCCAUAUUGCUGUAUAUCUGAUUAUGGAUCGUGUGUUAUUUGCAAACAAUGGGAGGAGAACCGUUACUUUAAGAGGCUUUCAGAGUAUUUGUCCUCUAUUUCAACGGUUGACCUGGUUGCCGACUGUAAAAUGUCAACAAGAAAACCUAAAGAAAGCAAAAUUGGUGCCGAAGGUAAACAAACGACUGGUCACGUGCACAAGUCGGAAACGAUCACAGAGACGAGUGGAGCUCGACCUAAAGAAUCGAGAAGAACAGCCACAAAAAGUGAAGAUGACAAAGAAACUGAGACUAAAACAGAGCAAGGCAAAUCUAGGAAAACAGACAAGUCAAGAGAAAAGCCAGCACCAAAGUGGAAAAAGAAAGCACCUAAAAAGUGGUGGGAGGAAAAACUGUGAAUAACUGCUCUGAUGUGAAGAAUCGUUUUGCAGUUAUAUGAUUUUAAAUAACAUUUGUAAAUUUCAGAAAAGCUGAAAUCUUUCUAAAUGUCAUAAUUAUUACGUAAAUUUAUUGUACAACACCGUAAAUUCAUCGCGGGUGUGACCAGUCGAUAGGGAAUGCCUAAUGUACUGAGGUUAAUUGGCCUAACUAUUUACAUGUAAAUAAUUACAAUAAUAACUAGAAAGUCUGCUAUUGCAAGCAAUAGCAUAUGUCGCCCCGUACUGGACAAGACUUUCAUUUUAAUCAUCACUAAAACAAAAGUCCAUUAGCUAAGUUUGAACAACCAUCGAGUUGUAUCAGUCCUUUCCAUUGGAACCGGAAGACCUUAAUUGGGUACAUCCCACUCAUUAUUUUUAGAAUCGGUAGGAGAAGAAAGUAGUGCAGGAAAAUUACAAGUUCCUAAAUUUGCAGACUUGCAUAAAAGAAAUCUGGCAGAUGUACUGAACUGAGCCUCAUACUUGUUAAUUGGCAGUAUCUUUCCUAUUAUAAAAGCUUGGGGAAUGUAAUUUAUGAAAAAGAUCAGCCGAUUUAUUUUGUGUAUUGUAACGCCAGUGAGAACUCUGAAAUUUCCCUCUUUCACUUUCAUUUUAGAGGUUCUACCGAAAAACGAAUCUAACAUGCCACCAUCAAUUCGAGCAUUUCUGCAUUGCAGAGAGCUGAUGUUUGUUAUGAGAUUAUAAAUCAUGUGUAAACUUUCUCAGUUUAGCGGAAUCAUGAACAUUUUCGGGGAGAUGAAUGUUUUGUAUACAGUGGUGAUCAAGGCUUCGCGAACCUGCAGGAGCGGAUCAAAGGAUUGAUGAAUGAAUAAAAACUAUGGAAAUGACGUACCAAUUUUUUAAUUCAUACUUGCACUAUCUAAUGAAAUGAAUAAUAUA